AUGUGGCUUAUUUGUACACUUCUUGCCCUUAUUGGUGCGUACUGCUCUGUUUGGUGGUUGUACGAAAACCUCCGUACACCGAUAUCACUCCUGGUCAAUGGGCUACUGCAGACGCUUCUAUCAAAGCGAACGUUUAGCGCAAAAUAUGGAGAAUGGGCUGUCAUCACCGGUGCGUCGGACGGAAUAGGCAAAGGCUACGCCCAAUAUCUUGCCCGGAAUCGCAUGGACAUUGUGCUGAUUGCUAGAAACGAGGCGAAACUAACGCGAGUGGCCAACGAAAUUAGCAAGAAGUACUCGGUCCGAACGAAAGUACUGGUGGCAGACUUCUCCGAGGGUCAACCAGUAUACGACCAUAUUGCUAAAGAGUUACUACCGCUGGACAUUGGCAUUCUGGUGAACAAUGUCGGCCUCUCGUACGAACAUGCCAUGUGCAUGGACGAGCUGCCCAAGAAAACGGUAUGGGAUCUUCUUAACGUAAACGUUGCCUCGGUUACGAUGCUCUGCCAUAUGUUGGUGCCAUCGAUGAAACAACGUCGUCGGGGGUUGAUCGUGAACAUCUCAUCAAUGUCGGCAGCAGCGCCUGCUCCGUACCUAACCGUCUACUCAGCAACCAAGGUAUACGUCCGGAACUUCUCCAUGGCACUGCGUGAAGAAUUACGCCCGCAUCACGUUCAAGUACAGACCGUCCUGCCGGGCUUCGUUCAAACGAAUAUGACCGCAUUCGUUGCCAACGACCGUAAAAGGCUGCAAGUGGCCAAACAUCUUGUCCAGGUGGAUGACUAUGUACGAUACGCCGGAUUCACGAUUGGUAAAACGGACCGUACCUGUGGCUACUGGACACAUGGCCUACAGUACGCUGGCUUCAAGCUCGUGCCGGAAUGCAUCCGGAUAUUUGUGCUAAAGACAAUUUACAACAGCUUGCGGAAGCCACACGGUGUUCACAAUGUUGAUUAA